AUGGAUGUUCUCAUGUCGCCUGCAGAGGGCUCAGGACUGCCUCACACAUGCAACAGUAACAUCAUGGGUGAACAAAUGGCCAAAGGUACAGGGCUAAUGACUGCAGCAACUUACUUGGGCUUCCCAGAUGGUAUAAAUGAGGGGGAUGUAAGGUCAAGAUUGAUGGCUGCACGUCAAAUGGCCGAAUACGCCGCUUUUAAUCAGGAUUUUACCAGCAUUAUAUCCUCGAUUCAAGAAGCACCCGGUCUGGAUUUCGAGUCUUUCCUCAUUACUGUUGAUCAGCGGACUUCCCCGUCUGCACCCUCCCUUCAGCGUCCCACCUCACCAGGAGAUACUGGAGAAGAGCAGCCUCCUGCGUCUAAAUGCAAAACGUCUCGAGGGGGGAAGCAGUUGAAGAAGAAGAAAGGUGCGCCGGCUUCCCACCACAACUGGACAGAGGGUUCAUCUGCCGUCACUCCAUCUGGCAACAUGGAGCCUUACAUCGAAAAUGCCAUGAUACGGGUUUUAUCGCAAGAGAUGAUCCGAUUGCUAUCUGAAGGUACUACCGCUAACGACUGGGAUUCGUUCUUGAAAGGCGGUAUAUGGGAAGGGGCAUCUAUGGCAAUGCAGACUAAUUCUCUGAAGGCCAUAUCUGAAAGGUGUGCACGGUCUGAUGCUCUGGCGCGAGUCGUCUCUUUCGUCGGCAUGAUCAGUAUGAUACAUUUCUCAGCUAAGGUAAAAAGCGAGGACCUUAGCAUUCGAAACAAGAAACAAAUGACUGCGAAGACAAUCAUCCAUCAGCAUGACUUAAAUAUGAGCGAGACCAAGUUCAAACGUUGGCUCAAGCUCGGCCAUGCAUACGCCCGUCUUGCUGGCGCUGGAACUAUAUAUUUUCUUAUCUUUAUCGCCUCAGCAGAUGUGAAGAAAUACUUUGAUGAUAUGCAUGUCACUUCCAUAGACAAGCUUGCAAACAUCAUCCUCAAUCCGACAACGCCUCCAUGGUUUAUUCUCGAGACAUGGACAAAUGGGCUUGCUGUCUCCAAACCCCUCCCUCUUAUCUUUCUUUCUUUCUCUUACUCAGUCAUGUACAAGACAUUUGAUCCUCAAGAACGUCCUCCUUCUCCAUGCACUGAUAUUGAGGAGGAUGAUGACGACGACAAUGACGAUGAGAUUCUGAACCAUCCUCAGAUUGAUCAACUUAGACAUUUGUUGAACAAAUUGUCUCUCGAUGACUUGGACAGUGUUUAUGUGAUUAACACCUCAUUUGAUCCAGAUCUAUCUGCCAAUCGCAAGUUCCGAGGCCCAAGAAAGGAUCGCAUGGCCAAUUACAGGUUCACUGAGGAGCUCAGGUCCCAAGCCGGCAGCCACGCUCGGGCAACAAGCAUAGCCGAUUUGGAGACAAAGCUGGUGUGCCUUCUGUCAACUGGGCGCAAGCCGAAUGUCGAGUCCAUGAUAUCUUUUGAUCCGGUUAUCCUUGAAAACAAGAUUUUACACGUCAAGGACAAAAACGGAGGUCUUCUCCUCCUAUAUGUACCCAACAUGAAAGAGGAGAUGCGAGAGACUCUGCUCGACCGCGUUGAAUGUGUGUGGCCAGACCUAGUAAAGAACGUCGAUACAGAAAAUGAAGGCAUGGACCAUCUCUUCGACUGCCUACAUUUUUCAAUGUAUAAUUGGAAUACGACUCUUGGAACUCAAGCACCAAGGGACGUCAGUAUCAUGAAACUAAGGAAGCUAGAUGUAGCAAGGGCUCCGGAUGUCCAUCAGUAUAUUCCUCGAGCCUCAAAGGAGUUAAUUGACCACUGCGAAGAAUACAAUGUACUGGCAGAAGCUUUCGCGGACGUUUUUGUGUGGCAAUCUGAAAUCACAGCGAAUGCCAUGAAUGGCAAUAUUACUACUAGAAGCGGUAACAAACCUGCCAGCGCCAGCUCUGGGGCUGGCACCGUCAGCAGCAUUGGGCGCGGAGGUGCUUCAGGGGCAGGCAGGGGCCGCGGAGGAGGGGCAUCCAGAGCUGGAAGUGUUGGGCCCAUGGCUGCUGUGGCAGGAAGGGGUACGGGCCAGAAAGUGAAGGUCGGCAGUGAUAUUUCCACAGAAGACAUGGCUCUCUUUUGUAGAGUUAAAAAGCAACUUGACACCCAGAAAAAAUCAGCCAAAGACGCUGAGGAUGCAGCUAUUUCAAAGAAGAACAGGCUUCUUAUGGAUGCUGAAACUCUGCCCAAUGGAGCUCAGGUUGCUGGCGCAACAAGGAAACGGCGCCGUAUGGUGCUAGAUGACAAUGAACUGGAUAUUGCUGAUGAUUUGGAGCCUAUCACCGCCUCUCUUAACCCUCCUGUAGAGGAACCAGAGACUGCUCCUCAAGAACCUGAGGAGGAAGACGAGGAAGACGAGCCGGAAGAACGUUCCACUAGGAAUGAAGAUGAUGACGAUGUUGAAAUGGUCGGAGACGACAAGUUUAACGACAAGUUCGACGAGUUCAACAAUGGCGAUCGUGAUGCCUAUGAGAACACCUUCAAAGACAAUGGGUUUCAAUCUAUUCCCAAGAGCACUACCUCAACUUCUUCUGUUGUGACCUAUUCGAGGGAUUCCACGCCCUCAAUAACUAUGGCUAUCACUGGCAAGGCUGGAAGACGCACUGGAAAGAUUACCGAGUCUGAUUUUCCUGACCUCAUUCUGCCGCUUGCCAUUGCACUUAAAAGCCGAAUCCGUUAUUUAGCGGCUUUCACCAAAGCCUUUCCUCCUACUGCACUGUCUGAGCGGGUGGACUAUGCUUGGAAGGCUGUCAAGGAGGCUGUUAACCUUGAUGGAAACCUUCAAGACACAUACGGCUUCAUCGUCCGGGAUCCCCAGAUGAAGAAAAACAUUAUUUCCUUUGGCUUAUAUGCAAGAUCUGGGAUCACUAGCCCCAUAGUUUCUACUGUUCGCACGAAGAUGGCUGAUUUCUAUUGUCUAGGAGGUGGCAAUGAAAAGAUAGAGGAAGAUGUCGCAUGGUUGCUAAAAUCAAAGGCAUUCAUGUAUGGCGGAGUCAACGUCGCAAUGGAGCACGUCCUGAAGGAUUGGAGUAAAGGCGACGUAAAGGCAAAGAGUCCCUUCUACGAGAUACUCUCUCAGGCAAGCUUUGCUCGCCGUCUUGAGAAUUGGGAUAAAAUCGAACAGGAGGCACCCUACUGGCCACGUUGGUGGAGUCGCCAAAUCUUCUCUUUAAUCGUGUACGUACAAAAACCUGAGGAUAGAACUCAAGAGACGACAGAGAAGGAUUUAGAGAAGGUCAACUUCCAGGCCUUGAAUCACCUGGCAGGAGGGCCUGGCUCUGCUCCUGCUGCCCCUACUGCCCCUACUGCCCCUACUGCCCCUGCUGCCCCUACUGCCCUUGCUGCCCCCACUGCCUAG